CUUCCUCCUCCCCUGUCGUCGCAGCAGCCCACACCAAUCCGCCCCAUCACCUCGACGCGGCAAUAGCAAUGUCUCCCGAUGGCGACGCCAACGCCGAGCUGGCGGCUGACGAGCUGCAGAGCCUCAGCUUCGGCUCCUCAGAACGCUCGCGCUCCCGCUCCGCCUCCACCGUCUCCACCGCCACCGCCUCCUGCUCCACCUCCUCCUCCGGUCCCCUCCCGCUCCCGCCGCGCGGCAACGACCCAUCCGCCUCCUCCGCGACCCCGCGCAUUGGUAACGUGGCGCUCUCCGACAUCCGCUUCCUGCGGCGGCUCGGCGCGGGGGACAUCGGCAGCGUCUACCUCGUCGAGGUCAAGGGGAACGUGCCGGCCGGCGCUGCCCUGGUGGCCGCCAAGGUGAUGGACCGGAAGGAGCUGGAGGGGCGGAACAAGGAGGGCCGUGCGCGCACGGAGCGCGAGAUCCUCGAGGCCGUCGACCACCCUUUCCUGCCCCGACUCUACGGCGUCGCGGAGGGGGACCGCUGGUCGUGCCUCCUCACCGAGUUCUGCCCCGGCGGCGACCUCCACGUCCUUCGGCAGCGGCAGCCGCACCGCCGGUUCUCCGAGGCCGCCGUCAGGUUCUACGCGGCGGAGGUGGUGGCGGCGCUGGAGUACAUCCACAUGGUGGACAUCGUGUACCGCGACCUCAAGCCGGAGAACGUCCUCGUCCGCGCCGACGGCCACAUCAUGCUCACCGACUUCGACCUCUCCCUCAAGUGCGACCCCACCGCCCCCACGCCCGCACACGUCAUUUCGGACCCCGUCUCCCUCGCCGGCCACGCCUCCACGUCCACCUCCUGCGCCAUCUCCUCGUGCAUCGUCCCCGCCGUCUCCUGCUUCCAGCUCUUCCCGGGCCGCGGCCGACGGCGCCGGCGCCGGCGCUGGCUCAGCAAGAAGCCGUCGUCGAGUGGUGGUGGCAACGGCGGCUUCCCCUCCGGCGGCGGGCUCGGUCUGGAGUUCGUGGCGGAGCCGGUGGAGCUCCGGUCGAUGUCGUUCGUGGGCACGCACGAGUACCUCGCCCCGGAGAUCGUCUCCGGGGAGGGCCACGGCAGCUCCGUCGACUGGUGGACGCUGGGCAUCUUCAUCUUCGAGCUACUCUACGGCGUGACGCCGUUCAAGGGGUACGACAACGAGAUGACGCUCGCCAACAUCGUCGCGCGCGCGCUCGAGUUUCCCAAGGAGCCCUCCGUCUCGUCCGCGGCGAAGGACCUCGUCACCGCGCUCCUCGCCAAGGACCCCGCGCGGCGACUAGGGGCCACGGUCGGCGCGGCCGCCAUCAAGCGGCACCCGUUCUUCAACGGCGUGAACUGGGCGCUGCUCCGGUGCGCCGCCCCGCCGUACGUCCCGCCGCCGUUCAGCAUGGCGAACGCCAAGGCUGCCGCGGGCGGGGACAACGCCAACGACGACGUGUCGGACGACAGUUGUCCCGGCACGCCCGUGGAGUACUACUAGCCAGACAAGCAAUUCCAGAAGCGUCCAUGCAUGUACGUGCGGAAACAAGCUGCUCUGCCAUCGCCGGGACCCAAUCGGGCACCUCUUGUCCGAGUCCGAGCGGGCACACGUGGUGGGGGACGGGCCACGGCGCAUGGCGCGCACGAGGCGGCAGGGGGAGCAGGGCAAGCAGGCGCUGCGUUGUCGCCUCAAGUGGUUGCCGGCGGCGUGUCUCCGAGGGAGCUCGAUCUCGCUGUUUGGAACGCUGGCAUUUCGUGGUAGCUUUUGUAGAACUACAAUAAAUAUAUUCCAGCCCUGUUUGGAACGCUGGCAUUUCGUGGUUAGCUUUUGUAGAGUAGAAUCAUACAAGGGAUGUGGUAUUUUCUACCAAGUUCUUGCGGGAAUCGUGUGUUCCAAACGGGGCCUGGUAUGUAAUUGUAUCAUGCAUUACUCGCUUCUUGC